ACCUGGGUCUUCCAGAUGUCAAUGAACUCAGACUCUCAUCUGCCGCAGCCAGCAGGGCCAACAGCCAAGGACGAAGCGCCUGAGCUGCACCAGGCUCUCCAUCCACCCCGACUCAAGAGCAAGGGGGGAAACCAGGCGUUUUCUCCUUCACGCUCUCCGGGCGGGCUUGGAUCGGGUCCGACGAACUUGGCUAGAAGGGAGGAGACACAGGGAAGGGACUGGAAAACAGCCAGCGGUGUGGGGACUGCGGCCAGGAGCGGCCAGACAGUCGCCCUCUUCUGUUUCCUGGGCGAAGGCAGCGGCAGCAGCCGGAAAUCUGGCCCGUGGAAAAGGGCAAGGGGUGAGAGGAGGCGGCCCUACACGGGCGGGGACCGGCUCUGGGGCUUCACCCCGCUGACCCCACUUGGGCAAGGCGAUCUCGGAGGCGCCGCGCGCAAUUUUACGCGCCCAGUCACAUGGCCCGAGGAAGCCAGCAGGAAGUGGAUUGUGGUUCCUGGGUUGCGCGUCAGGGCCGCUGCUUUGCGCCCGGGCGCUUGGAGAGGCGAGCAGAGCGGAGGUGGCUGCGAAAUCCGCGAGUUUCCUUGCCUUUGACCAAAAGGUUGAUUCCAGAGGAACAAUGAAAAAACUUCACUGAGAGAAGAUGACAUGGUCCAAGAUCACUUUUGCUAUUCCUGCCAGAGCAUUUGCAAAUGUAACGCAGCCAGGUCCGCUGCAUUUGUCAUUUCUUCAGUGAUGAGACACUGCUGGAAGGAAGCAUGGAUAAGAAUAUUGCAGAGCAGCUCAAUAAGGCGUAUGAAGCCUUCAGACAGGCCUGCAUGGAUAGAGAUUCUGCUGUGAAAGAGCUAAAGCAAAAGACAGACAGCUAUGAAAAGCAGAUAUGUGAACAACAAAACCAAAUUGUAUUUCUUACAAGCACUGUCACAAAACUCAACUCACAGUUGGCUUCGUUGAGUUGCAACAAAGAAGACAGCGAAACCAGAAGAAAUGGUACAUUACUCAACUUGAAUGCUGAUCAGCUGUAUGAAAAGCUGCAGUUGGCAAUGCAGAAAGAGAAGCUUUUAAAGGAACAAUUGGAGGGUGAGAGUGUAAAGUUAAAAGAAACCGAAGAGGAAAGCAAUUUAAAAGAAAAGAAAUUUGAAUCUAUUAUUGCCGUCAAAGAUGAUGAAAUACGGCUUCUGAAGAAACAGUUGAAAGAAAUAAGUGAGGCACAAAAUUCCAGGCCGGGACCAAGAAACGAAAAAGAGGCAAGGAAUGGAAAACAUGCUUCCUCUAGGCAGGAAUUAUCUCCGGGGGCCUUCGGUACAGCUGCCUGUGAAAGGGACGAACUUGAGGCUAUUUUCUGGGGCAUGAAGGAAGAAUUUCAUCACAUACGCGCACUAGCUAAAGCACAGACGGACCAGCUGAGUAAAUUUAAACUACGGAGAGAAGCUGUAACUGAAAUUCCAUUCUCCACGCCUAUCCAGUGCACCGAUGAACAAGCAGAUGACCUCUGUAAUCCUUGGGUUAAAAAGGAUCUAAACAGGGGUGUCGCACACUUCCCAUCCACCACUCCAAGAGGGGUGGGGCAGGACGAGGAAGAAAACUCUGUGGAGUCCCUUUCUCAGUUUAAUGUCAAGUUCCCUCCCAUAGACAACGAUGCUGCUUUCUUGGAGAGCACCCCGGAUGCUCCAGAAAUCCCCUGCAUUGUGAUGCCUGAGAACAUGCUUCCAGAUCAGCCAUUUCAUAGGGACCUUGGAGACCAGGACGUGAGCUACAGCGAGGUGAAGCACAACAUGUUUGAGGGCCAUGGCGCUGACUCAAGCACUUCAGCCGCACAUAAACUGCCAGCUGCUAGUAAAGCCAAAUCCUCAGCCGCCCACACAAACGCACUCGUACAGAGUCCUUUGGACAACCCUCUGUGUUUUCAAGUGCCUUAUGCGUACGGCUUUGGAGCCACUGUCUUUCCAGAUCAAGAUAUCCCUGAAAUAAAACUUCCGUCUUUAGAAGAUAACAAGAGCCCUGUUGGAGUCCCUCAGCAGCCGCUCUGGGAGCCAUAUCACACUCAAGACAAUGACGUAUUGGCACUUCCUUCUGCAGACUCGGAACUUGAUCAGACUGGAAUAUGUGAAUUCUGUCAGAAAGUUUUUCCACCAUCUAGUACAUCAGAGGACUUUCUGAGGCAUCUGAAUUCACACUUCAACUUGAAGUCCUAGUGUCACCGGAGUACAGAUUUUUGUUGCUGUUGCUGUUGAGACCAGGUGCUGCUCUACUUUGAUUUCAGCCCAAUUGCGCAGUGUAAUUCCAGAGCUUUGCGCAACAUCAAUACCAGAACCGACCCGGAGCUAUGUUAAUACGAUUUAAGCCAAUUUCAAAUGCAUAAAAGGAAAAUAAUUGCAAUGCCACCAACAAGGGCAUAGCUUCCCGAGAACAGGGGUUGAAGAGUCCGGGGGCUGGGGGGAGAGAGAGAGAAGGACUUGACUUGGUAACUAUCACACCAUUGUGCCUUUGCUUUCACUUUUAUUCACUGGAAUCUUUUUGACCAUCGAAACAAAUAUUUACUUUUGCCAUCGUGCAUGAUACAGUACUGAACUCCAGCUAGAAACAGAUGUGAUGCAGUGAUUUCAGAGCAAUUCAGCUCCCCCACCCUAAGCACCAGGUUUGUAAGAGGGGUGGGGGGGGAAGAUGAAUUAGUCAGAGGUGUCCAGAAUGGAGCUUCACUUUCCACCUGGUUUAGAAUUGCAUCCUUAAUUGUGUUCUUACUCUGUGCCUUAAUUCCUGCCAAUUGAGCAGGCAGAAAUGGCUACCAGUCUUGGUGUUGGUGGGCAGUGGGAAGACCGGAGGCCUCCCGCGUUGUCAGUAGGUGAAGGGCCCAGGAGCUGCAGGGAGGAGCCAUAAGCCAGCAAUAGAGCAGAGAACAUCUUCUGCCAGACAGAAUAGGCAAUAUUGGACUAGGCUUGUCAAUGGUCUGGCAAUAUAAGUUGUUAUGUUAGAACAAUAGAUGGCCCUGGAUGAAGACAAUCUGUUUGCGUCAAAGAAACAUGUCUCAGCAGCCAAUUGGGGCUGAGAUGAACAUUGUAUAAGGCUUUCAUAAUAUAUAAUGAGUACUGUACACAAACAUUUAGCUUUAUUGGGGUAUUGCAUGGGAAGGUUUGUGGCGAGUUUUUAAAAAAACAAAAACACCCCCAUUUUCAGCAGAGGUGAAAUAAGUUGUUAAUUUUGAGCGUUUUACAGCCAUCAGGAUUUACCUGAGACACUUCAACCACACACACACACCAGUGUAGUAUUUUUCAGCAAGCUGAUCUUGUUUGCAACCUGAUAAUCUUGGACUGGUUGUUUGUUUGUUUGUUUUUGUCCAUAUGUAAUAAUUUUAUAUAGUUAGGAGUUUUAAAGCUCUGUAUAUGCUGUUAAUAGCUAAAUUUCUUCACUUUCUCCAAAUAUCUAGUAUUUACAUAAAAAUCCCCAUUUUACAAAUCAAAAGAAUGGAGAAAACCUGAAUGUCUUGCAUAAUUUUAACUCAUUUGGAUAUACAGACAUUUUUGUACAAUUUUGGUUACAGCCUCUCAUCUGUUUCUGAAAAACUGUUAACUGCCUUUGUGCUAAAAUAAACUGCAUUUUGCAGGGUUUUGGCUCUGGUGUGACCCAGAA